GCACAUGAAGAAAAAAAAUUUGCUCCGGGUGAGGAUCGAACUCACGACCUUAAGAUUAUGAGACUUACGCGCUACCUACUGCGCUACCGAAGCCCUUGACAUGGGUUUCAAGAAUUUGUGUUUUAAAUAGAAAUAUUAGAAGCACGUGCAACCAUAAAAUAUCUUUGAAGUAAUAUUUAUAUUUCAGAAACAACAAUUUUGUUAUUAAAAUGCUCAGCCCAGAAGUAUGGAACUUUAAAUCGCCGCAACAUCAUAAUUUCAUCGAAACAAAGGAUCAUAAAAAAGCUAAUAUACCAGACGCAGUUACAUCGCAUUAUUUUAACCAUUCUGUAUCUUUAGUGCUUCCUGAUACAAUUAGAAUUCCGGAUAAAUUGCGAACUUGUCUUUCGGAGGAUACUGAUUAUUAUCGAAUCAAUGGAUUAAACGUGUAUGAGUUGAUAAACAAGGAAUUCAUUGAAGCAUUUGUAAAAAAAGGCGAAUUGACACUUCUAACAAUAGGAAAUAAAAUAGAUUUAGAUAACAUAAUUGCUGUUGCACCAACUGGACAUUUAAUAUUGUCUUUGUUAACAGAAGACUUUCAAAAGCUUGGUUUAGAAGGCACAGUUUCUUUUUUUGAUCGUAAAGUACAUACACGUUAUGUUAUAACUAUUGAUUUAAAGUGUGAAAGUUUUAUACCUGGCAAAAAGAAUUAUGAACAUACUCGAAUAUCAUUAAAAGAGCGUUUUAAUCAAAAGUUUGAUGUAAUUGUAUCAUGGAAUCCACCAGAUGAAAAUUUGUGUCCAUCAUCCAUUGCGGCAUGGUUUCAUAAACGCGAAUAUAACGUUUCUCUUUGUCAUCAAAGUUUUUUACAAAAAACUGAAUAUUCAUUGAAAGUACCAAUAAUUUCAAAUGAUUCUAAUAACGAUAAAUUCUUUGAGUGGCUUGGAGUUUUUACUAUCUCUGGUGAUUUAAAAAAUAAUAAAGAAGAUGAUUAUGUAAACACAUACAUAUGUCCGUCUCCUUCUACAGAAUUUGGUCAAGUACAAUAUCUCCAAUGGACUGGUUUGUUUACUAGAAGGCAAAUAAUAAAUUUAUAUAAUGCUGCGAAAGAAUAUGUAUCAAUGCACAGAACUUUACCAUGGUGUGCUUUACAUGUACAAGGAUUUCAAGAUAGUCCUGUUAGUUGGGACUUGAAAGAACAUACAUUUUAUACUGAUGGUGACAAUAGCUACACUGUUGUGUUUAGACCAGCUGCUCAUACUAUUGUGAGAAAAAGCCUAAGUUCAAAUAAUAAACCAAGGAUUUUUCAAUAAUUGUUAACGUUAUUCCCAGUUAUUGAAUAAUAUAUACAAAUAUUAUGUAUUAAAAGAAAUAAAUUAUAUUUAGUAA